AUGGCCCCAAUGCUCGAGUUCCGCACGCAGGGCUACAACCCCUACGCCGUAAAGUACUCUCCCUACUACGACUCGCGCAUCGCCGUCGCAUCGUCGGCCAACUUUGGCAUAGUCGGCAACGGCCGCGUCUUUUGUCUUGGACUGACGGCGCGAGGCAUCGAAGUCGAGACGACAUUCGACACAAACGACUCGCAAUAUGACCUCGCCUGGUCCGAGAUCAACGAAAACCAGCUCGUCGUCGCCUGCGGCGAUGGCUCCAUCAAGCUCUUCGACCUCGGCGUCAAGGACUUCCCCGUCAUGAACUUCCACGAACACAAGCGCGAGACCUUCUCCGUCAACUGGAGCCCCAUCACAAAGGACACCUUUGUCUCGAGCUCGUGGGACGGCACGAUCAAAGUGUGGUCCCCAACCCGCGACCACUCCCUCCGCACCCUCCCCGUAGGAAACUGCACCUACUCAGCCUCCUUCCAACCCUCCAACCCGCACAUCAUCUCCUCCGUCUCCUCCGACUCCCAAAUCCGCAUCUUUGACCUCCGCACCCCCGUCUCCUCCCGCUACCACCUAACCUCCAUGAUCCCCGUCCACGCCGCGGGCCCUUCCUUCCCCUCCGCCGCGCCCGGCGAAGUCCUCACCCACGACUGGAACAAGUACCGCGACACCGUCAUCGCCACGGGCGGCGUCGAUCGCGCCGUCCGCACCUUUGACAUUCGAAACCCGACCGCGGGACCCACGGCCGUCAUGCAGGGCCACGAGUACGCCGUUCGCAGGCUGGCGUGGAGCCCGCACGCGAGCGAUUUGCUGUUGACGGCGAGUUAUGAUAUGACGGUCCGGUUGUGGGAUGAUCGGUCGAAUGCGCCCCCGGCAGGACCUGCGGGCGGGGCGCAGAUUGGUGCGCAGGUUGGGGUUAUGAAUCGGCAUACCGAGUUCGUUGUCGGUGUCGACUGGUGUCUUUUUGGCGUCGGCGGGUGGGUGGCUACCGUUGGCUGGGACGAGAGGGUUCUUCUUUGGGAUGCCAACGCGCUGUUGGGUGGUGGUCGGUGA